AUGAAGGGUCUCCGGUGGUCAACUAGAACUAGGAAGAAUGAGGAUAAACAUAAAGGCUCUGGGCAUUCAAUAGGCACGUCGUCAAAUUCUGCGCCUUCGUCACAUAGGGGAUCAACUACAUCUACGAAUUCUGGGUUAUCAAUUUCGAGGCAUGGCUCUCUACCGAAGUCUGCCUCCAAUUUAUAUCUUUCAGAAUCCCAGUCAAGAUCGCAACGGUCUUUGUCGUCUUCGAGCAGUAGACAUGAUCUGCAAACAGUUACAGACGAAGAAUCAAUUGACUCAAUCCCUGGUCAUUCUAAUAGUCUAACGCCAGUGAUAAGUUCAAACAAAGAUUCUAUGACGAUAAACGGAGGAUCAGGAAGUACCUACGCCAUUAACAAUCUUACUUAUGAUAAUAAACAUGCCUCUUCCGUUAGCAAUAAUGACCAAAGUAAUGCCGAUAUACGGUCAGAGAGUCUUGAUCGUUCUCAUACUCCCGCUUUACAGUUGAAUUCUGAUAACUUUGAUUCUAUGGUUUUUAAAACUGGCUGGAUGAACAAGUCACACGGUACCGUUCAUACUCCUUCGUCUAAUUCGUCAUUCGGGUCUUCUAGAAAUCACCGUGAAAGUAGAAUAUACGGUUCGGAUUUAUCCUCCAGUAGUUCUGUCAGGAGUUCGUCUAACUAUAGUCAGGAGUACCGUUUAUACAAAGCCCAACUUAAAGGAUGUGUCCUAAAUCUUUACAAAUCAGGUAUCAGUAAUGCAAAAUUCUUGGACCCUACACUCGAUCCACCUGACACAAAGCAUGAACAUGAAGAAGAUCCGCAGUUACCGACGCCGCCUCUAAUGACAGACAUUCCAGUCAGCACCUCAAAGGAACAAAACUCUUCGAAGGAAGCAGGUCCCAUUUCUAGUCCAAGCUCCAAGCAAAGUACAGUUUCUGCAAUCCAGACAAAAGAUAAUGAAACAAAUGUAUCAAAGGACAUAACGGAGAUUAAAUAUUUAAGUGAGAUCUAUCCGCAUCCAAAUUUAAAGAUUGAUAAGCAUGAUCAAAUUGUAUUUGGAACUGUUGAAAGUAUUUGUCAUGCUGUUUUAUUCUCUGUAACACUAGAAACAAAGAAGAUUGUGGACCUUAUUUUAAUGCUGCCCCUGAUCGAGGAUUUUUCACUUUUCUUUCAAUGUUUCUGCUUGUACGGUAAGACCUUUAGCAAGAAUAGUGAAAAGCUUACCAAUGACUCAAAGCAAUUCCAUAAAGUUUCGCCGGCCACAGAUGAACUGAUGACUCAACGUUUAGCAUUGGUAGUAAAGACAGUACUAGACGUUUUUCCUGGUUUUUUGCUAGAUGAUACAACUUUUAAUCAUAUCAUAAACCUGCUAGACAUUAUAUCGUUACAUGAUGAUGAAAUAUCAAAUUCCCUCAAACUAGCGAUAGCCGAGUCGCAUAAUAAACUCAACAAGUUGGUUUCGUUCUCCAAAAAACCAGUAGACCAAAACGCUAUUUCAAAAUUCGUUGAUGUCAAAGAAUUUCUCAAAUUAGAUAAUGCAAUUUUGGCGGACCAAAUACAUGCUAUCAACUUAACAUAUAAUAAGAUAUGGUCACCUCAGAAAGACUACUCUUUGUUAUAUGAUUCCGCUUUCAACAAGAACUAUAUUGAUCUUAAUCCGCUUGUGUUCAAUAACAGGUCAAAUAUCCACUAUGUUAGCAGGCUGUUGAUCGAACACCUGUUUAAACAGAUUGAUGGUACGCCAUUACACCCAAAGGAGAGGGCCCUUGUUCUGACGAAGUGGGUCCAACUGGGAUGUACAUUUGAAAAGAUUGGAGAUAUGGUUUCAUGGUUGGCGAUCGCAACAAUAAUAUGUUCUACGCCUAUUCUAAGGCUAUCCUUGACUUGGCAAUAUAUUUCGGAUCAAACACUUAAGAUCAUUUUCAAAGACUGGGUCCCCACAAUCGUUCAACUUGAGAGAAGGCAAUUAUCGUUUCGGACUACUAAUAGUGUCUUCAUCUUAGCUCCUCCUAAUCUGAAUGAGAAAUCUAUCAGGGAAAACGUGAUUCCGUACUUUGGAGACUUAACUAUUCACACUAAUGAUUUGACUCAGGAUACCAUGUUUAGGUAUCUGGAGAAAAAGAUCUAUAGAACUAAAAAUGCCUUCCAAAAGUGGCAACAAAGGCUUCCUCCAAUUGAAAUGGCAAAUAUACAAAGUACGCCACAAAAUCCCGACGUCGACUUUCACCACUAUUUGAACUAUCAUGUAUCCCGGUCACGUUUGAAUGUUGAAAACAUAAUGGAAAUGAGUCUGAAACUGGAACCCCCAAAGCUGGAUAAACUUGAUGCAUUUGCGAAUUUAUCAAAAAGAAGCUCGCUGUUAAAUGGUAGCUAUCUGCCAAUUUUGUUCAAUCAGCUGUUUCUAGACUAUUCUCUUUUCUCUCAGACUGCCCUCAUAGGUGCUGCAGGUGCCCAAAAUAACAGGCAGUCAUUCGUUCAAACAAACACCCUCAGCAGGUCCGGUAAAACGCUAUCUGUUAGUGGACCCUUAGGCAUUAGCCCUGAAGAUAAAUCGUUGAUAACCGGUAUUGACCGGAUUGAUGAACCCGUGGUUAGAGAACUGUCCACAAAGCAGUCAAACAAACAAAUGCUUCUUAAGUCUAUUCGCGACGUGUUCAGUAUCAACAUGGAUUUGUUCCAUGUUUUAGAUGAUCUUACUUUUAAAUCAGUUGAUGACUGGGACAAAAAAUCGAGACCGGCAAGUGUAGUUAUCGAAACCCCUAAAAGAUUCUCUGUUCAAUCCUCCCGGGAUUCUCAAGAAGUUAUUAAUAGAUUAAGCGUUGGUGUAGAAAACAUGGACUUUUUCAAAAACAUCUCCAAGACAACCGAUAGUUGGGAUGAGGCUGUUAUUAAUGUCGUAUUGAAAUCUGCCUCUCUAGAAAAAUUGUUCGAUGUCCUGGUUCUGACUUCUUCAGUCUUCUCGAAGCUGGUAAGUAUAAAUGAUAUUUCGGCUUUUUUCAAAAACCAUCAGGGAAAGUAUAACGAGGGAAAUGGAGCUGGUCUCUUGGACUACGCAAUUGUUAAAUUAUGCAUGGACAAUGAUUUGUACACCAAAACAUUCUUCAGCACUUACAAAAGCUUUACUACAACGGCCUCUUUGUUGGAGAAUUUGGCAAAACGGUUCAUAGGUGCAAAAUCUUGUGCAGUUUCCAUUGAACGACUUGUUAAGGAUGAUAGUAGAAAAAAGGCGACCGAUCUUUCAGGAACAACAAAUAAUAAAUUCCUCUGUUGGGAUUCGGCUUCUUCUGAAUUUGGCAAAGAACAUUACCUUCACGCAGCUAAAAUUCAAAUUGGGACUGCCGAGGCAUUGUUUUAUCUUAUCAAUGAACAUUAUUCUGAUUUUAAUGAUGACAUGCAUAAUAAUAAACUGUUGUUAGAUAUUAUAAAAAUCAUGGAUCAAGAGAUCAUAGAUGAAUGGGACUUGAGGAUAACUGCGCUGUCUGAUUCCGUAGAAAAAUCUGAAGCUGAGAAAUCUUUGGUUAUUGAUCUUAACUCUUACCAUGAUAAAUUAAAGGAACUUCUUCAGAAGAUCAAAUCUUCAUAUCAAAGACAACUUUACCGACCCGUUGGAGUCAGCAGACACAACAGAAACACCAUGAAAAUUUUGAAUUCUUUUAACACUAUAACUAUGGAGGAAUUGAAUAAGUUUGCACUAGAUAAUUCACUCGAUGAUCCCAUGGUAUCUUCCUUUCAGAAAUUGAAGACCGAUUCAUAUGGUGAAAUUCUGAAUUGGAUGUACCAGUUGGACGAUCUAAUACUUUCUCACUUAAAGUUGGCAACUGUCAAGGAAUGGAUGGUAGUAUCACAAUUACUCGAAGGAUUUUCAUAUGAAUCUUUAUCAUCUCUUUUCAAAUAUUCCCAAUUGGAUCAUAGUUACUCCCAGAUCACUUCUGGUAACGCACAUCCUGAUGAUCUUGAAAUUGUUAACGUUUUCACAUGGUUGGCUUCCUUAGUGAACGGGCGUGAAGAAUCACUGUUUAAAAAGCUUCCUUACUCUAUUCAAUUGAUCACAAAUCUUCAUAUCUCGUUGACCAACUUUUUUGUGGUUCAAAUUGCUCAACUUGAAAAAACUUAUGAAUCCCGCCUUGAAACCUGUUGCAUUAUUUUGCAGAUGCUUGGUUUUUCUCGUUACAAAAACUCUUCUAUUGAUCUAUUCCAAGCAACUACUGAUUCGGGCUCGACUAUAUCUCCACAUUUACCGUCGUUCAUAGAAUCGGCUCUGAUAAAUUCCAUUCUGUCGCCGGAAUCUCGGAAGUUUGAAAUUUCAUGGAAAAAUGCUAGCGAAAAGCUUGGUAAUACAACUUCCUUAAAAAGUGUUUACAAUAUCUUGGACUGUGUGGAUGCAAGUAUCAAAAAAUUUAUUGAAUUUGAUGGAAUUGCUCCUCGACAUAAAAACUUUUGCCCUUGCCCAGGUUGGUUCAUAGGGAGGUUGCUGGAAAUUUCUCAAUUGGUACCAAAUAUGAGUAUAGAGAACUCAAAAUUGAUAAAUUUUGAUAAACGCCGAUUCACUUUCAAUCUUGUUCUGAAUUAUCAGCAACUGCUUCAAACAAAUGAUGUCGAUUUGAACAUACAGAGUCCAACGUUUGGAUUAAUUUUGAACCACUACGAAAUUGAUCCAAAUCACAGUUUCAGGAAUCGUGCGAAGGAUGUUGCAACAAGCGAAACUAAGCUGAUGAAGUACCAACUCCGUGGUAUAUUCAAUGAGGUAUUAAUUGCAGAAAUGUACAAAAUAAAAAGGGAACAGAAAAAGAGAGAACAUUUGAUUUCUCAAGAGAAGGAGUUAAAGCGUUCACAAUCAUUGCAACAAGUCAUGAAACAAAAAUCCAUCGAUAUGCAAAAUUCUGUGUUAGCACAAGUCCAACAACAAUCCGGCUUCUCUUCAAGUCCUCGUUCUAAGAGAUCAUCUAUCGUCAAUAACUCAAGGAACUCGGUUAUUUACACUGCUACUAACAGUGGUAAUGGUGUUGGGAGAAAGAUUGGUGGAUUUUUCAAAAGGCCUUUUUCAAUCAGCGGCUUUUCAUCAUCUGUCUCAUCAAAUGGUAUCAAUUCCAUGCUGGUGAAUUCAAUUCAACAGAAUGGUGCUGUGGCACCCAUCGAUCUGCCAAAAAUAAGCAAAGAAGAACUUCAAGAACAGAAACCAGUACUAUCAAUAAAGACGUUUGACAUUAAGAAGUGCAUCAAUGUUAAUAACUUUUCAAGUGAUGCUUCGAUGAUAUAUUGUUUUAAAAUUUUAAUGGAAAAUGGAAACGAACAUCUAAUCCAAACGAUUGACUCCCAUGACUUAAGUCAGUGGCUAAAGACGAUAGCGCUAUCCAAACGCUAUUCUUUCCACUCUAAGAAAUACAAAGGUAAAACCUCUAACAAAGUAUUCGGUGUUCCCAUCGAAGACAUAUGUGAAAGAGAGGGCACUCUCACACCGACUAUUGUUCAUAAGCUUCUAGAAGAAAUUGAGCUUCGCGGCCUAGAUGAAGUUGGUCUAUAUCGGGUGCCGGGUUCAGUUGGUAGCAUUAAUCUACUGAAAAAUGCCUUUGACGAUGAGGGCGCAGUGCACAAUGUCUUUACACUAGAAGAUGACCGGUGGUUUGAGAUAAACACUAUUGCUGGUUGUUUCAAGCUUUACCUGAGGGAAUUGCCUGAGUCCUUGUUCACAAACGAGAAGUUACCAGAUUUCAUCCAGCUUGUUGAACAAUUUCAGACGGACCAGAUUACGGAAGAGGCUUUUGACGAGUUGGUCAGGCAGAAGCUUAGAACUUUACCAAUAUACAAUUACCACAUGAUAAAGAGGAUCUUCCAGCAUCUACACAGAGUUCAUAAUCAUAUGGAUACCAACCGUAUGGAUGCUAGCAAUCUUGCUAUUGUUUUCUCAAUGAGUUUCAUCAAUCAAGAUGAUCUGGCUAACAGUAUGGGACCAAGUUUAGGUUUAUUGCAGAGCCUACUGCAAAAGUUCAUAAGAUAUCCAGAUACCUAUUUCGUCUAUGAAUAG